AUGAAUCACUCUCCAAAAUCUACUAGAAGCUUAUCGUCUGAGUCUUCAACGGACUCGAUCGUCUCGUCCGCACUCAAGACACCCAUCGACGUGCAAGAGGAGAUGGCUGCCCUCGUCGACCCUUCCUUCCCCCUCCCUGCCAAAUUCAGGUCUCACCCUCACUCGGGUCAGAUGAUGUCCAACGUACUCGCUUCACGUCUGGAAUCCCUUCCAAAGCGCGCGACCACUGUACCGACGGCUAUCGCUUCCUCCUCUUGCUCAAUUAAGAGCAAAACCCUCGACCCACGAUCCCCACCGUGUACGACAAACUCGACGACAAACGCCACUAGCACAAGACUCGGCCGACUGAGGAGUGAGAGUAUUUCAUCCGUGGCGUCCAAUGGCUCUCAAUCGUCUGCCCUCCUUCGCGCCACCCUGCUCAUGGCCUCCCCUUCUCUCCGCAAUUCUUAUCACCAUCAUCACCAUUCCGAUUCUCAACACUCUCGCGCUCGAUCACACUCGGAAUCCCAAUCCAAAUCGAAUCCUCAACCCCACUCUCGGGCGCAAUCCGUUGGGCACCAGCUACCGCAACAGCAAACCCAACUGUAUAUGCGUUCAAUACUCAAUACAAGCAGGAACAGGAAGAAUAACGUCAGCGUAAAUGGAAAGGAAUCCCACCCUCCGGCGUCCGCGUCCGGGCCCACCUCUAGUCUGCUGACCCCUCGUACCUCCAUCUCCUCAUUCGCGUCCACAUCGCUCUCCAGUCCGAAUUCCCAGUCUUCACGUAAUGAUUCCACUCGCCGAGGCAGCCAUAGCUCUUCUGUCGACCGAAAAAGCAUCACGAGCAAUCUCUCCACUGGCAGUCGAAACUUGUCGACCGAACUCGUAGGAGCACUCGUCGCGGCCGAGGCAACCACUGCGGUUUCGACGCAGACGUCCUCUUCUCUAGCGCAGUUUGCACCCACAUCAGGUGCGAAAACGAGCCUGCUUCAGUUUGGCGUACAGAGGCACGAACGUGCGUCGACGUCAGCGGAGGGCUUGUUGUCUAUUAGCACCGGUCGUCAUAACGUUGUCGUCACGCCUUUUGCCCAGCCGGUGGACGCGAGAAGAAGUCGCAGUCGAGGUAAUGGUGGCCGUCAGCGUCUGUCCUCUGCGUCAUCAUCGACGGGCCUCGUCCACGAACGGCAAGAGCAGGAGGUAGACGAACAAAGGCCUCAAUUUGGUCUACGCUAUGUUACCGGAUGGUUUGGUAAACAAAGGGAUCUCCCGUCCAUCUCCAGGGGAUUAGAACCCGAUACGAACAUGGACGAUUCGGCGUUUGGAGGCAUCCAGGUCACCAGAAAACAUCAUUUUCGUUCUGCUACCGAAAGUAUAGCGAGCUCGAUUGCGGGAAAGAGGGAGAGUGGACUUGGGUUUACGUCUAGGCACUUGCGGACUGGGUCGAACGCCAUCGAAGAGGGUGCUUUGGCAGCAACGCCGCGGCCCACCUUUCCCAUUGACUCUCACACUCCCAAACAACUCUCUUCCCCUCAAUCCAAGGAAAAGGAAGCCCAACAAGCUGAUGCGCCCCGUAUUUCUGCGUUGGACAAGGGCAAGGGAAGAGCCCGACCGCUCUCGCCCACGUUGACCCGCCAUGCCUCAUCACCCCCAGGAGACUCGAGAUUGCGCCCAGAUCCUGCUUCUCUUCUCUCUGUACCCAAACCAGCAAGCCCUCCUUCCAAACGGAACGGGGGGGACUUGCCAACGUUGGCAGCAAUCGAGUCCGGGUCGCGUUUGAUGCGCCAAAAGAUUGUGUGCGCGACCUGCGGAGAGACUGGUCCCGAUUUCCCGAGGCCUGUAAUUCAAGAAGCCAAAAAUGUAGGGAAAAUUCCUGUGGUGAUUAAGGUUAAACUCGAGUCU